UGCGUGCCACAUACGGUAGCGAAAGAGAUUGUGCAAAUGGCAGGAGGUUCUUACGAUAACUAUAAACAGGCAUGCUACAGUUUCCGAUAAAGGGCACUCUCAAUGUGCGUCUGUUUCAGAGGUGGAAACUUGUAAGCAUCUGCUGUCAUCUAAAAAACCUGUGCAAAAACUGCAGUAAUUAGUUUUUUGCAUGCUAUUCCGCAUAUUAAUCUUUGAUAUUUACUUGCACGUCAAAAAUGAAAUCGGACUAUAUGUUUUUCUUCAGUACGAUAUCAAUAUCAAUUUUUGGUUUUGCCUUGGCACAAGACUGGAACACAUUUUACCUGAGCGACGCACAAAGCACUGAUCGUAAACUUACCAUUUCGAUCUGUCCAAAAAACCUUGCCUCCCGAGCGGGAACAAUAUUUACCACAAGAGAGAACACAGUCCUUAGUGUUAACCAGAACAACGCCACAAUCACCGUUGUGCUCAAACUUGCCGAGCGAACCGACACAGAAUGCUACGACAACGAAACCGUCUCAUUGUACAAAAAUGUACAAUUUGGAUACUAUUUGAAUUUCAGGGCAUUAUUUAUGGAACUCUCGGUCAAUAAGACUCACCCCGUUUUCGUCGCAGAACUGGCUAAUAACAAUGAGGGCACUAUAAUACCGCUAAACUUGUCGGCAGUUCCGGAAUUUGUUCAUAAAAACCACACGUUUUUCCCACGGUCGGAUGCCAGAUUUGCAACUCAUUUGUAUCCGAACUUGGAUGAACUGGAGAUUAAAUUGGAACUGCAUAAACAAGUGUUUGAUUCCGUUAACGAAUCGGUGGUCAUCGAUUUUGCCUUGAUUUCGUCGGAAGCUGAAACCAGCAGUCUGACAUAUUGCCGUACACUACGCGGGACACUGCCAAAAAAAGCGUAUUGUCUGGAUACGAGAUUUGGAGCCUUGAUGUGCCCCAGGAACUGCUCAGUUUUUCCUAAUGCCGCCGACACAUUUACAAAAGACGAAUAUUGGUACGGAUCAUGCGGUUCGGAUCGCAAUUCAGUAAUAUGCGGUGACAUACAGCUUCAGCCUGCACAUACUCCGACAACUCCCAGCUGGAAAUUGGGGACGGCCUCGAUCAUUGGGAUACUAAUUGGGGCAAUUUUGGUCUUUGUGGUUGGGCCGCUUGUGGUUUUGUGCAUGAUGUGGUACCGUCGCCAUUGAUACUGAAAUGAUAUAAGGAUUGAAAGCUUUUUCAAACCGAUAACUUAUUUUGUCUGAUUGGACAAUAUACUAUACGAGCGUAAAUUUAUCCGGCUAAUGAAUUAUGGUUUCGCAUUAGUUCGAGACACUCCGAUACGUACAUAUUGUAGCGGUAGAAGUUGUACAACCCACAAAACCACCCAGUUAUGAUCCAUCAUUUCAUCACGUUAUGAAUUCUUCUCAUUUUACCGGCUAGUUCUCCUUUUCAUGAAUUUCUAGAAUUCAGUCUUGUACUCGGCUUGCUACAGCUUGCAUCAUUGCAUCAGCGUCUUGCAUUGUUCUUGUCAUUAAACAUGCCGUGACCUUA